AUGAGAACAUAUAGAUAUUGGAAAGGUAAGAAUCACUUUUUGCUAAAAGGAUGAAUAAUGGUAGGCCCUGACUGAUAUCGCUGCGUAAUAUCAUCUUUACUUAUUAUUGUGCCGAAUGUUAUUACAAUUAUUUAUGCUUGCUCCUACUAUCUCAAUGAAGAUGAUGCUGGACCUUUGGUAAUUCUUUUAUUUCUAUCAUCUCUUUCGCUGAUAACUCUAAUUAAAGCUGCAACUUCAGAUCCUGGUUAUAUCCCAAAACAAAUAGUUCCUUUUGUUUCUCAACAGAGCUGCUAGUUUAGAUUUUAAAGUGUUUCCAUCUUCAGAAGGAUGGUUUAUGCAUACUUAGGCCCAUCCUAUUAACUAUCAAGUGGUCGCAUCAGUAGCAUCUUUCUUGCAAGCAUUCAAGAAGACCCGCCAAUGGUCAAGAAAGUCUUAACUGGUCAUGCUAAUUCUCAGAGAGAGCUAAUUCCAUACAUAACCUUUUAUUAUUAUGUUUCUCAACAGAGCAGUGCCUUAAAUGAAUAUAUUGGCUGCCCAAAACCAAUUCUGGUUCCUUAUAAUGGUUCAGUUAUCAAACUGAAAUUCUGCCAAACCUGCUUGAUAUUUAAACCUCCUAGAUGUUCUCAUUGCUCUAUUUGCGAUUUAUGUGUUGAGGGGUUUGAUCAUCAUUGCCCUUGAAUAGGAAAUUGUGUAGGAAAAAGAAACUAUAAGGAUUUUAUGGGGUUUUUAUCGUCGGUUUCUGCUUUGACUGUUGUGAGUUUUUCUAUUAACUUAUCACAUAUAGUGGAUACUUAUGAUGAUUCAAAUUUAGAUACAAAAACUACCCCAUCAAUUGUGAUUGCUGUUUUUUGUUUUUUGGCUAUGUGGUUGAUAUUAGGAUUAUUUGGGUUCCAUCUAUAUUUAGUUAUGAAUAACAUGACUACGAAUGAAAAAAUAAAGGGUUUAUGGGACGAAAUGCACCUAAAUCCUUAUUUUAGAGGGUCACUGUGAAAAAAUAUAGUAUAUUGGAUAUAUAAAAAAAGAGGGAUUCCACAGUUUUAUAGGAGAAAAAUCCUCAGCCCUUAUCAUGAAAAUAUAAAUCCGAAUGAGUUUUAUAGAGGGGUGAAAAUUACUCGAGAGUACACAGAAGUAUCAAUUGAAAACAAGCCUUUGUAA